AUGUUUAAUAGAUUAACUAAAGUUGCAAUCUCAUCAUCAAAUAGAUCUGGUUCAAUUAGAAAUUAUCUUGGAUAUACUUCAGGUGUUGAUAAGAAAAAAGUAACUAUCAUUCCAGGUGAUGGUAUUGGUCCAGAAAUUACUUCAUCAGUUAUGGGUGUUUUCCAAGCUGCUAAAGUUCCAAUUGAAUGGGAAAUUUUUGAUAUUAGCGGUGGUCAACCAAUUUCACAAGAAUUAAUUGCUUCAAUCAGCAGAAACAAAGUUGCCCUUAAAGGUCCACUUUACACCGAAAUUUUAAGUGGUUCACAAUCAAGAAAUAUGGAACUCAGAAAAGCUUUAGAUUUAUAUGCUCACGUUAUUCCAUGCAAACAAAUCCCAGGUAUUGAAGCCAGACACAAUGAUGUUAACGUUGAUUUAGUUGUUAUUAGAGAAAAUACUCAAGGUGAAUACAGUGGUUUAGAACAAACCUUAACCCCAGGUGUUGUCCAAUCACUCAAAAUCAUCACUAAAGAAGCUUCAGCUCGUAUUGCUCGUUAUGCUUUCGAAUAUGCCAAAGCUAAUGGUAGAAAGAAAGUUACUGCUGUUCACAAAGCCAAUAUUCAAAAAAUGACUGAUGGUCUUUUCCUUUCAACUUUCAGAGAAGUUGCUAAAGAAUACCCAGAAGUUCAAUCAAAUGAUGUUAUUAUUGAUAACUGUUGCAUGCAAUUAGUUAAAUCACCAGAACAAUACGAUGUUAUGGUUACUCCAAAUUUAUAUGGUAAUUUAGUUUCAAAUAUUGGUGCUGCCCUUAUUGGUGGUCCAGGUUUAGCUGGUGGUGCUAAUGUUGGUGAAAGAAGUAUUAUUUUUGAAAUGGGUGCUCAUCACGUUGCUGCUGAUAUUGCUGGUAAAGAUAAAGCCAACCCAACUGGUUUAUUAUUAGCUUCAGUUAUGAUGUUAAGACAUUUAGGUAUGAACCAACAUGCCGAUAGUGUUGAAGCUGCUGUUAAAGCUGUUAUUAAAGAUGGUAACAAAACUAGCGAUAUUGGUGGUCAAUCAACUACUAAACAAUUCACCGGUGCUGUUAUUGAUUAUAUCGAAAAACAUCAAAACUAAAUUAUUUAAAUAACACAACAAUACGG